CAUUGAGCUGGUAGUCAUGUCUGCAUUGGUGAAUGAAUCCAUCAAUGUGAUACCAAUAAUAAAAUGGAUAUAACAAAAUUUCGGAAAAAGGUUAUCGAAGGAUUGGUAGAAAUGCCCUUGCAAAUGGAUUUCAUGCCUGCAGAAAAUCAACAUGUUUUGGAGGAGGCAGGAAAAAAGCAAAUAUGCUCGAGUUGCUAUCGUGAGAACGUUGCUGAGCUUGGGAGAAAGCUAGCCAAAAAUAGAACUUCCAAGACCAAAUUUCGAUGCAACGAAUGCUCGAAAUUCCUAUGCCUAUCGUGUUUUUUUGUUCUUCAUAAUGCUAAAUCCAUAUAAAUUAUCACUAUAAAUAUUG